UCCUUUUUGAGGUCUCGGGACUGUUUCGUGCUCGUCACUUCGUAGACGAAGAACCACGCCGUGAAGAAAAUCCCAAUUCCCAAAAGAACCAAAGUUAGGGAUGGAAAAACGGCGGGGUUCACCGGAGAGACGUAUCGCAUCAUAGUGGCCGCCUCGACCUAGAAAACAAUGAGAAAUGACCCUAAUCGUGGCUUUGUACAUUACCAUUGUGGAAAUGGGGCCGAAAUUUCACAAACAAACGUGGCGAAACGUCACAGUGACAGCUAGAGAGAGGUUAAGAAAAUGACAGUAGACAGCGCGGGUGGUGUAAUUUUAUUUGAAAAAUCACACGUGUGCUCUUAACACACACUUUGAACCACAGUUUUUAACAAUUAAUUGUGUUGGGCCCCAAAAAAGUAUCAAGCCUCAAAUUCCCAUUUUUCUUGUGAUAGAAGAAUUAGUUGCGGUGAGUCACCCAGAGGGCGCUUUUGAAUUCCAAAUUUCCAAAAUUAAAUUAUUUUUUAAAUAUUUUUAUUGCACGGAAUGUGUGACGCGUGGGGGUUGUUAAUUGAGUAAUUAACACUGAGGAAUUUGUUUGUUCACUUAUUUGUCUUAAUUUUGUUGUUUGAAAGUGGCGUCUCUGUCGGUAUGUUGGGUCGUGUGGUUGAUGGACGUGUUGAAAAGUGCCUCGUGUGGUGUAAUAAUUCGGCUUAAAUUACAAGAUAAAUGUUCACAAAUGCAAAUAACCCGUAGUUUGUUUAAAACCCGUGAUUUGAGUUAACUUAGUUUUGGUUUCGUCCAAAUCGCCAAGGUGGCUAUGGACGUAUUGACAUUUGACACUUGUCAAAUUUCUUUCAAAAUUGCCAGCCCCCAUGUGAGAAAUGUGGUGAAAAUCGCCCCUAAAUAGCGGAAUGCUGUCGUAUCGUUGCGUUCGCCGUGUGAAAAAUUGUCAAUGGGAUGAAUGAGGGCGACUUAUUGAAACGGUCAGCCGAAGAGCGUGAAAAAAUCUUCAAACGUUAUGAGCGGGGCCGCGAGGAGGGCGCCGAGAUCGACCCCUGGGAGGACCCCGGCUUCGAGGUGUACCACGCGACGGACAGGUAUGGCUUCAUCCACGACAAGCGUCUGCCAUCCAAAGUGGACCCGCAAGAAGCCAAAAAGUUGCAAAUUGAACUAGAACGUCAGAAGAAAUGGCUAAAAAUGCUCAAGAACUGGGACAGCCCCAACAUCAAGGAGAAGCUUCACUCGAGAGUCUACAAGGGGAUCCCCAACCCGCUGCGGACGCAAGCCUGGUGCAAACUCCUCAACGUGGAGAGAGUCAAGGGCGAAAAUGGGGGCAAGUACUCCGAGAUGAUGAAACUGGCUCGAUUGCACUCCACGGACGCGCGACAAAUCGACUCGGAUGUUAACCGGCAAUUCCGAGAGCAUUUGCAUUACCGGGAACGGUACAGCAUCAAACAACAGUCUUUAUUUAACGUCCUCACGGCUUAUGCUAUGUACAACUCGGAAGUGGGCUAUUGCCAAGGCAUGUCGGGCCUCGCCGGAGUCCUACUCAUGUACAUGGACGAAGAAGACGCCUUCUGGGCCAUGCACAUCCUCCUCACCGACCCCAAAUACGCCAUGCAUGGCUUAUACAAAGAAGGAUUCCCGAAACUGACACGAUUUCUUGCACAUCACGACCGAAUCCUCGCCAAAUUUUUACCCAAACUCAAGAAACAUUUUGAUAAACACGGCGUCGACGCCAUUCUAUACUCCCUGAAAUGGUUCUUCGUCUGUUUCGUCGAAAGGGUCCCGUUUAAUCUCUGUCUCAGAAUUUGGGAUAUUCAUUUACUAGACGGAGAAAGAGUUAUAACAGCGAUGGCCUACACAAUACUCAAAUUACAUAAACGGAAUUUGUUGAAGCUCAAUGAUAUGGACUCGAUUGUGCAUUACAUACAAGUGAAACUGUACAAAGACUUCAUGUUCGAAGACGACGUGGUCGUGCACCAGUUGGAGAAGUCGAUGGAGGAGUUGAAGAAGGCGAAACUGGACCAUCCUGGGCCUGCCCAUAAAGAUGAACUACCGUCUCGACCAUUUGGUGUUUUUAAAGAGCCGACUUUUGAGCAAAUUGUUGGUAUUCGAGCCGAACAAUUCACUGAAAAAGAGAAAGAAACCAAUCAGAUUGUAACGUUGGUUAGUGAAUCGGCUCGAGAAGCGGCUGAAAAGGAAAAGGAGAGUCAACUAUCAGUUGGUGAAUCCAUAGGGCUUGCAGGUUCGAAAUUCUCCUUUGAUCCGAGUAUUGACGACGCCAGUUCGCUCCUCGACUGCGAGCACACCGGUUCUCGUCGCUCAUUGGCCGACACCAGUGUGACGUCAACCGCCGACUUGUCGGUGUUUUCCACCGUGACACGAUCGCAAGCUCACGAAAACAGUCUGGAUACGCAUAGCAACAUGUCGGAUAAUUCGGUGGGCGGAGCUAGUUCAGUAGGGUCGGGCAUUGGUGCCUCGACCAGUGUCCAACGAGCGCUCAGUUCGCAUUCCACGCCCCGAGCCACGCCCCAUAAUCCCAGUCCAGACGUUUUGCGCAUUUAUGUGCCGUAUUCGCCGCUGGACACGCCCAUCGCCAGUCCGCAUAACGGGGAUGUGCAAAAGGGCGUUCCUUGCUUGUUUUCCGACACCAAUAAGAUUCGAAUUAAGGUGGAUAAUGACGAAUUGCCAACGCCAUUGGUCGAGCACGGACAAAUCAAACAUUUCAGACUCGAGGCCGACGAAUUUGAUUUAAAAUAGAAAGGCAUUUUGAGCAAUAACUCAUUUAAAAAAUACUUUUAUCGUUUUAUGACACUUGUGAGGUUAUGGAAUUUUACAAGUUGACGUAAUUGACCUUGAAAAUUCUUAGCAAUGUGAAACACACUUUACACGGGUAAAGUUUUAGAACCUCCUGUAUAUUCUUAACUGUGAUUAUUUUCUUAUCACUUCAUAACAGUUUCCAUUUCUUUUAUUUUUUUACGGUUUAUUUAUUUUUUUAAAACGUGUGCUGUGAGUGAGAUUCAUUAAAUUUAGUACUCAUUAAAUUCUGAUGCAGUGUGUACUAUUUUUGUCACUGUUACCAACCUGAAUAUAAUUUCAAGCAAAAUUCUAAAACGGCUGCAUUUGUAUUAUAUGUAAAAUAAUCUAAUUUUGGUAGUUUAGGUGCUCAACAUAGCGUUCUAAUCAUCAUUAAGUGUAUUUGAUAAAACUCUAUUUUGUUAAAUUAACUUUUUGUAUUGUAAAGUUGGUAGUGUUAAGGGAGACGGCUACUAAAAUAAUAAUUUAUUUUUCAUUAAAUUAGGAGUACAAUAAAGGGUUCCAUCCUCUUGAACAUUAAUCUCGUCUUGCCUAAAAAAGAGUACCUUUUUCUGCAUUUGUGCCAUAAAUGUUGAAAUUUUUUUCAAUUGGAUGUCUUGAAUUUCCGAUAAAUCAUGUAAAUAGGAUAGAGUAACGUAUUGUGUAAAAAUAAAGCAUUCCAAUAUACGCCAAUACUCUUCUUCAUGUAAUUUAGGUGACGUUUUUUUUUCUUUGGUUUUAAAGAGUCAAUUGUAAUUUUUAUAACAGUAUUGUAAGUUUUAGUGAGUUUUUUUCAGUAGAGCACAGGAAUGAAGGUAGCGAAGAGAGGAAACUACUCGAGUGAUACAUGCAAUAAGAUGUAUUCUACACAUUAUGUAAAUUAUGUCAUAGAAUGACCUUAAAUUUUCUUAAUAAAUUUAUUUCAAAAUUUG